GAAAAUUUUAAAUCCAUGACCCACUUUGUUUUGCAGUGAUAGAAUCCCCCAUUGGUUCCUCAUAACUGAUGGGAUUAGAAGUCAUUUACUUUAAUCCUUAGUUUUGGUAGUAUAUUUUAGUUUGUAUUAGAAAAAGAUUCUGUUCUACCAAAAGUAAGAUUUCUUGGUGAUAGCAACUUUUCUAUUAAAACAAGUUUACAUCUAAGUUAAAAGUUGAGUCAUCCUAAAGCAAAAUGUUAAAUAAGUAAUAGUACAGGUGGCAAGUGGAUUUGGCAGAGUUUUCUACUUUGGGGAAUGUGAAUAAAAAUUUGGGAAACACUUUGCUAGGGAAUCAAGAUGAGUAGGGCACAGCGUAUCUUCUAGGCCCAUCGUGAACCUACAGAGGUAAACCUGUGAUGACCAAACUGUGAAAACUGUCAAGAGAUACAGGCAGGGUGCUCUGGGCUUAGAGGUGAGGUACAGAAAUAAACUUGGUGAUAGCAAAGAUGAGGACAUGUUUCCUGGAACCCAGCGUUAAGGACCGGUGGGCAUUUGAGAAUAAGGCUUGUUUAGGAAUGCAAGCAGUUGAGCAUGACUGGCUGGUAAAUCGCAUGUCACGGAGUGAGUGGAGACAAAAACAGGAACAGGACCACGGAAGGCCGUCUGUGCUACAGCAGGGAGUUUGGACUUGAUUCUGAAGAUGAAGAGAAGCUGUGAAUGAUUUGAAGCAGUCAGGUGUCAUGAUCAGAGGUUUAGCGGAUGCCGAGAUUGAAGGCAAAUCAGCGGUUCAGAGACUGCUUGUUCAGUUAGUUCAGGGGAGAAAAGAUGAAGCUACAGCUAGGGCAGUGGCAGUGCGCAUGAGUUGGGGUGUGUGCUAAUUUUAGACUUUUUCCGGGAGUAGGAAAGACAGGACUUCCCGGUGAGUUGGGUAGAAACGUUGAAGCAGAUGGGGAGUCUAGAGUGACCCCAGGUUUCUGGAUUAGGUCACCAGGUGACAUGUAGAGCAAUGAACUGAUAACAUACAGAAAGAAGAAAGAACUUGGUUUCCUUUGUUUUUGAGGGAAAAGAUAAGUUUGUUUGUGAACUAAACUGAAUCUGAGAGGUUUGUGAGCUAUGUUGGUUAAGAUCAGUAGCAGUUGACAGGGAGCGUCUAGAAGUCUUGUGAUGCCACCCAGUCUGGAGAGAUUUGCGAGACUUCAGCUCUUGACAUUUCAGCCAUUGCGUGCUACAACAGUAUGGAAAAAUCUGAAGUGGUAUACAGAGAAGCACUUAACAUUUUUUGAAUAGUUAGAAAUUUACUCUGAUGUGUAUGAAAAGCAUGAGUUGUACAUCAAACCUAUGAUUUCAUGGAUAUUAUCACUUAGGCCAAGUGAGGCCAAUAAAAGACAAAUAGCAAAUAAAUAAAAAUACAUGUGAUAUGUGGAAAUGGCCAAAACCACGGUGAAGCUAUGCAAAUGAUGGAAGUGCAGAAAGUGCUGUUUGAGAAGCCAUGGGUGUGGUGGAUAAGGUCACCCAAGGAGAGAGUAAGCGUGAAAAGAAAAGAGAGUUGACAUUUGGGUGGCGGGAAUGGAGAAGAAGAGCCCAUGGAGACUGAGGAAGCGCAGCCAGAAGAAUAGGAGGAGGACCAGGAGAAGAUGGUCUUUGGAGUCCAGAUGAAGCGUUCUGAGGAGGAGGAAGUGGUCAACAGCGUCAAGAUGGUGCACCAUGGACGAUUUUGCCCUGGGAGAUUUCACUGCAGCAGAUUAUGCCUUGUUAGAAGAUUGUCCUUAUGUGGACGAUUGUGUCUUUGCUCCUGAAUUGACGUCCAAUGAUUAUGUUCGUGUGACUCAGCUUUACUUUGAUGGGGUGGGUAGGCAAUAUAAAGAUUACGCCCAAAGUGAGAGAAAUUUAGAAUUUGACGUCUGCAAUAUGUGGUGCAGUAAACCAGUUUCUGUCCUGCGAGAUUACUGCGAUGCCAUUAAAAUAUACAUCUUCUGGCCACUUCUGUUUCAACAUCAGCACCGUUCUAUAAUAUCACGGUUGCAUCCUUGUGUGGAGGCCACCAAUUCUCAUGCUUCUGAGAUAAGUCUGAAGAAGUUACAGCAUCUUGAGUUGAUGGAAGAUAUUGUGGAUUUGGCAAAGAAAGUUGUGAAUGAUUCAUUCUUUAUUGGAGGCUUACUGAGAAUUGGUUAUAAAAUAGAAAAUAAAAUCUUGGCAAUGGAAGAAGCUUUGAAUUGGGUGAAGUACACAGGCGAUGUAACAAUUCUGCCUAAAUUAGGAGCAGUUGACAAUUGUUGGCCUAUGUUAAGUAUUUUCUUUACUGAAUACAAGUAUCACAUAACUAAAGUUGUAACAGAAAACUGCAAUAUGCUUGAAGAAUUUAAAAGUCAGAGUUGUGCGGAGUGUAUAGAGCAAGGAGAACUAAUGAAAAGGAGAGGAAAUGAAGAGUUUUCCAAAGAAAGAUUUGAUGUAGCUAUUAUCUAUUACACCAGAGCCAUUGAAUAUAGUCCUGAAAAUCACCUUCUUUAUGGUAACCGCGCUCUUUGUUUUCUUCGCACUGGACAGUUCAGAAAUGCACUUGGUGAUGGAAAGAGAGCCAUUAUUCUGAAGAACAAUUGGACAAAGGGUCAUUAUCGUUAUUGUGCUGCUCUUUCUAUGCUGGGGGAAUAUGACUGGGCCCUGCAAGCAAACAUUAAAGCUCAAAAACUCUGUAAAAAUGACCCUGAGGGAAUCAAGGAUCUAAUUCAGCAGCAUGUAAAGUUACAAAAACAAAUAGAAGACCUGCAAGGCCGAACACCAACGAGGCAUCCAAUUAGAGCCUUUUACGAAAGCAGGGCCUCCACACCUAGUCUAUCAGCACCUGCGUUUAGAACUUCACUUAACUUUGUGGAGACCGAAAAAGAUUCCAGAAAAACUAAUCACGAAAUGGCAAACGGUGGUAAUCAUAAUCUAAAGGCGGUAGAUGAAGCUUUGAAGGUAGACGAUUGUGACUGUCAUCCUGAAUUUCUACCACCCUCAGGUCAGCCUCCAAAACAUAAAGGAAAACAAAAAUCCCGAAACAAUGAAUUGGAGAAGUUCAGUUCUAGUUCACAAGGGAGUUUACCAGCAGAUUUGAAAAACAUCUUGGAGAAACAGUUUUCUAAAUCUUCCAGAGCUGCACACCAGGAUUUUGCUAAUAUAAUGAAAAUGCUGCGGAGCCUAAUCCAGGACGGUUACAUGGCGCUGUUGGAGCAGCGUUGCCGCAGUGCCGCCCAGGCCUUCACAGAGCUGCUCAACGGGUUGGAUCCUCAAAAAAUCCAGCAAUUGAACCUCGCCAUGAUUAACUAUGUCUUAGUCGUCUACGGCCUGGCCAUCUCGCUCCUCGGAAUAGGACAGCCUGAGGAAUUAUCUGAAGCUGAAAACCAGUUUAAGAGGAUGAUUGAACAUUACCCCAACGAGGGACUUGAUUGCUUGGCCUACUGUGGAAUUGGAAAAGUAUACUUGAAAAAAAACAGAUUUCUGGAAGCUCUUAAUCACUUCGAGAAAGCAAGAACCUUGAUUUGUCGUCUUCCUGGAGUGUUAACUUGGCCCACAAGUAAUGUGGUUAUUGAAGAGACGCAGCCAGGGAAAAUAAAGAUGCUGUUAGAGAAAUUUAUUGAAGAAUGCAGGUUCCCUCCAGUGCCAGAUGCCAUUUGUUGCUAUCAGAAGUGCCAUGGAUAUUCCAAAAUCCAGAUCUACAUAACGGAUCCAGAUUUUAAGGGUUUUAUACGAAUCAGCUGUUGCCAGUACUGCAAAAUAGAAUUUCACAUGAACUGUUGGAAGAAGUUAAAAACAACAACCUUUAAUGAUAAAAUUGACAAGGAUUUUCUACAAGGAAUUUGUCUUACCCCCGACUGUGAAGGUAUCAUUUCUAAGAUUAUCAUCUUCAGCAGUGGUGGUCAAGUUAAAUGUGAAUUUGAACACAAGGUCAUAAAAGAAAAGGUUCCUCCAAGACCUAUUCUGAAACAGAAAUGUUCUAGCCUAGAGAAGCUAAGACUGAAAGAAGACAAAAAAUUGAAGAGAAAGAUCCAAAAAAAAGAAGCAAAAAGAUUAGCACAAGAAAGAAUGGAAGAAGACUUAAGGGAAAGUAAUCCACCCAAAACUGAAGACCAGAAAGAAACGGUAGCCAGUGUUCAGAGCUGCCAGUUCCUGAACGACAGAAUUCUGCAGUGCAUAAAGCAGUACGCCGACAAGAUCAAGUCCGGGGUGCUGAACACGUCCAAGCUUCUCAAGGAAUUGCUCUCUUGGAAGGUGUUAAGCACCGAAGACUACACAACCUGUUUUUCCAGCAGAAAUUUUCUAAAUGAAGCCGUGGACUACGUCAUUCGUUACUUGAUUCAAGAAAAGAAUAGAGUGAAAACCAGGAUAUUUCUGCAUGUUCUGAGUGAGCUUAAAGAAGUGGAACCGAAAUUAGCCAGCUGGAUUCAGGCGCUGAAUAGCUUUGGCUUGGACGCCACAGCAUCUUUCUUUUCUCGCUAUGGAGCGUCUCUUAAAGAGCUUGAUUUUAGCAUCAUGACUUUUCUCUGGAAUGAGAAAUACGGUCAUAAACUAAACUCUAUAGAAGGAAAGCAACUCGAUUUCUUCUGUGAACCAACAUCAUUGAAGGAAGCCCGGUGUUUGAUAUGGCUGCUGGAAGAACACAGAGACAAGUUCCCAGCUUUGCAUAAUGCUUUAGAUGAAUUCUUUGAUAUAAUGGACAGCCGCUGCACUGUACUGAGGAAACAAGACAGUGGAGAUGUGCCAUUUAAUUCUACCAAGAUAAAAAACAAAGGCAAGAAAAAGAAGCCAAAAGAUUCAAAGCCUAUGUUAGUUGGGUCUGGAACACCUUCAGUAACAACUAAUAAUGAAGUUAUCACUUCAGGAGAAGACCAUAAGAGUUUAAAAAAAAAUUGCACUUGGUGGCAAGAACGCAAUUCCUCAAAUCCCGCAGGCCCAUUUGUGGUGCCCGACCAUCUUCGGCAAGAUGUGGAAGAAUUCGAAGCGCUCUACGAACAGCACAGUCAUGAAUAUGUUGUCCGGAGUAAGAAGCUGUGGGACAUUAACCCCAAACAGAAAUGCUCCAGUCUGUACGACUAUUUCUCUCAGUUGUUGGAGGAACAAGGUCCCUUAGAUAUGAGUAACAAGAUGUUCUCUGAAGAAUAUGAGUUCUUCCCAGAAGAAACUCGACAGAUACUAGAAAAAGCUGGAGGUUUGAAGUCUUUCCUCCUGGGAUGUCCUCGUUUUGUGGUGAUCGACAACUGUAUUGCAUUGAAGAAGGUUGCAUUACGGCUCAAGAAGAAGAGAAAGAAGAAAAACAUUAAGACAAAAGUAGAAGAAAUGUCAAGAACAGGAGAGUAUUUACGAGCUAAACUCCCACUGAAUCCAACUGCUAGAGAAUUUAAACCAGAUGUAAAGUCCAGACCAGUGUCCGAUUUGUCUUCAGCACCAGCUUCUGAGGAUAAGCCCAAACCUGUACCUACUGAUUCUCCCAAACCAGCCUGUGAAGCUGAGGAACCGAAACCGGUACCCGAAAAUUCUCCCAGAUCCGUUUCUGAAGAUGAGACGCCCAAAGAGGUCUCUCUUGAUUCCCCCAAACCAAUCUGUGAGGAUGCGAGUCACCAGCAAGUCUCCUCUCAUUCUCCCAAACCAGUUCCUGGGGAUGUGACACCAACCUAUUGGACUCACGCCCAUGUGGUCACAGGAUACUGCACCUAUCUUCCCUUCAGGGGAUUUGACAUUUCCCAGACACCACCAACAUACAUAAACGUGUUGCCGAGUCUGGCCCAGUACACCAACAUCUACACGCCCCUGGCCAGCAUCCCCUCUGAGUAUCAGCUGCAGAGGUCCAUACCAGUGGUGCCAUCUUUUGUAGUUAGUGACAGACCAGCUAAAAGUGCUGUUGUGUGUUUUGAGGGGCAUCAUUUGAAUGCUGAGCAUGGCUCUUGUGACCAGAUUGCCCCUGAAACACAGACCCUUCAGGACCCUUUGGAGACCUCAGUCAAGUCACCGUGCAGCACGGAUGGUGCCGAUACAGCCCAGGGUGAGCCAGGCAGGAAUGAUGGUCACUGUGGAAAUGCUGCCAACAAUGGAGAAGUAAAUCCAGAAAAGCCUGACGAAGUAACAGAUGUUCCACGUACACAAGUGGUUGCCAUACAGGUGUCUUGGAGUAUAACACAUCAAGAAGUCAAUACGGAGCCGUAUGAGCCUUUUGAGGCAAAACAGGGGGAUAUUUCACAGAUUGAAAAGGAGUACCAGGUUUUGCAAGAGCAGCUUAAGGAAGCAUGGGAACAUCAUGAACAGAGAAAACUGAACGGCUCAGAAGAGACCAGGGACCUGGAAGAAAAGUUGAAAAGGAACUUAGAGGAAAACAAGAUCUCAAAGACAGAAUUAGACUGGUUCCUCAAAGAUUUGGAAAAGGAAGUUAAAAAAUGGCAACAGGAGAAAAAAGAAAUCCAAGAAAAACUAAAAGCAUUAAAGAAGAAAAUGAAAAGGGUUUCAAAUGUCAUUGAAAUGUACAUUGAGAAAAAUGAUGGAAAGGAUAAAGCACAUGAGUUAUUUCUGGAUCAGUCCCUUGAAAUCAGUAAUACAUUUACAAACGAGAAAAUGAAACUAGAAGAAUGUAUAAAGAAAGGGAGAGAAGAUUAUGAAGAGAUUCUUCAAAGAGCUGUGGCUGCAGAGGUGUCUGUGCUUGCAAACUGGAAGGAGACGGAAGUGUGUAAGCUGCAGGUCAUGGAAGCACAAGCAGAAGGAUGUCUGAAGAACCUGAAGCAACUGAGCAGUGAUUCUGCAGCAUAUCCUGAUCUGGAGUCUGACAUAUAUUCAUGGGAAUCAUUUCUUUCUAAUGUUAGAGAAGAAAUUGAGAAAGCAGAGUCUCAGUUUGAAGAACAAAUUAUGGCAAUUAAAAAUGGUUCUCAGCUCAGUGAACUUUCUAAAGUGCAGAUUCCUGAGCUCUCGUUUCCUGCGUGUAGCACAAUGCGUCCUAAGUCACUUCCAGAGUCUUCAGACCGUGAUGAUCAGAGUCCCUCAGCUUCUGCAAGUCACGGGACUGGAGACCAAACUACAGUCCCUAAGGAUUCAAGUCUGGUCUCUGUCAGCGACCGCCCAGUGGAGGUCCCCUCUGCAUCGCUGCCAGCGUCGGCCUGCAGUCAGCUGGAAGUCGCCCAGCUGCCAGAGUGUCAGGGCGCUGGCCAGGCUGCGCAGUCAAAACACAGCCUCGUGGCUGACCAGAGCCUGCGUGUGCCUCCAGGACGCACACCCCGUUCCAGCCAGUCGCCAAAAAAGCCGUUCAAUAGUCUUAUCGAGCACCUGUCAGUGGUAUUCCCCUGUUACAACAGCACCGAGCUUGCUGGUUUUAUCAAAAAAGUGCGAAACAAAAACAAGAACUCGCUGUCUGGACUGAGCAUUGAUGAAAUUGUCCAGAGAGUGACGGAACACAUUCUAGAUGAACAGAAAAAACAGAAGCCAAGUCCAGGACAGGACAGGAGGCUGUCUGAGGCCAGCUCUGCUGCUUCUGUGACCAGGGCCCCCCAGAGCCCGCGCUCCGUGACUGUGGGACCGUCGCCCAAAACCCAGGGGCAGGAGACAGAAGACGUCCCUGCCCUGGGUACAAAUUCCUGUGAAAUAUGCCAUGAGGUAUUCAAAUCCAAAAAUGUACGUGUGCUGCAUUGUGGGCACAAGUUUCACAAAGGGUGCUUUAAGCAGUGUCUGAAAGGGCAGAGCACUUGCCCGGCCUGCCUCGACCGUGAUCUCCUGUCAGAAGAGUAGCCCGCACCUUCCUUGAGGCCAGCCUGCUCUUCUGGGCAGUCAGUCCGCUGAAGGGUAACGCACUGGUUUGUUGAGUUGGAAGGAUAACAAUAUACAACCUUUAGGUACAAAAGGCAGACAUUUAAAGAUUCUUCACACUGUGUCACAACGCUAAUAAAUGGAAAUCUGUAUUAGUAAGUCAUUUCCCCACUCUGAUGAAACACUCCAGUAAUGGCCAAAAGGUGGCGAACAGAAUUAGGUGUAACCAUGUUCUGUAUUGUCGGGGCUGCGACAGAGGCGCUCUCUGGGGGGCAGGCUUCUUUUGGAAAGUACUCUGAGCGUCUCCAAGCAGUACUUGAAUUCUUAACCUACUCAAGUGCCCAGGUUAAAUUUUUUGUAAGAGUGAGUCAGUGUUCCUAAAAAUAUACCGACAUUUUUCCUCAAAAGAUUCUGCAUUUUAAAAAUGGGCUUAAGCAAACCACAUUUUAAUAAUUUGUAUUUAAUGUUAAAAUAUUGGCUGAUUUAGACCAAAAGAGUCACAUCUCUUCAUGAAACACCAUGUGAUUUUGAUUUUUCAUUUCAUUAUUUUAUUUCCCCAAAGUAGAUUUGUAAAGUGCUCAUUUUUCAUCUUCUAAAGCUACAUGAUUUUUGAAAUUCGAUUACAGACCACUUUGUUUUAUCAGCCAACACUUUUUUACCCCUAAAAUCGAGACCCAUCUUCAUCAUCCCAACCCCACAUUCGGAACUUACUCUUUCACUCCCUUCCUGUUUUCCUUCCUGGCAUUUGUCUUGCUUCACGAGUUGGACAAUAAGUGUGUGGGUGUCUCUAUUAGCUCACAGCAGGCACUGUGGGGAGUGGUCACCAUUAUUCCCCUUUUCCCACCACCAAGGAGAGACAGGUGUCAUCAGACAGGCCGAGGCGUCCCUGUUACAAUCGUUCCGUGUUUGACAUUUCUGUGAAUAAUGCAUGCUCUCUUGUCCUGUGGCCUUAAGAACAAAACUAGCUACAUUAGAAACUGUUAAAAAUUUAGGUAUCUUUAGUGACUAUAGACAGUGGUAAAUAUAGAAACACAAAUUCUGAACACAUUCCAUUUCUCUCAAACACUAAGGAUCAAAAAAUGUUUUUUAGUGCGUUCCUUGUUCCCUUAGAAGCUCGAGUUCAUGAGCUGAUUUUUUUUGCCUUCCUCUGCCUUGGUUCCUCGUGAGUUUCGAUGUCUCAGUGACUUAGUCCCUAGAAGCUUGAAGCUUACUCCACGUUGUGAAGCAGAUUCUCCAUGCAGGUCCCUGAAACACCAUCUGCAUGUUCAUUAAUAACUGAGAAUUGUAGAAAUUAAGAUACGUAGGGACCAGUUUGUAGCAGCAGGUACAAAGGAAAAGCAGACCAGCUGGAAAAAGAGAACAUGUUUUGCAUAUAACUUCAAAUACUUGUGAAUAUGUCUUGUGAGUUUCAAAAUAAAGCGCAUUCUAAACUAACAUCA